GUUGUGUUGGAACCUCAGAGGUUGGAAGGUAUCCGGUGAGGCAGAGGCAUACAUACAGUCUUUUUUAUACUAACUUGCCUUAUUGUAUAUUUGAAAUCAGCAUUCGUAUAAAUCCUACGGACCACAUAACAGGAUAAUUACAAAGAGGAUGAUGAAUCCUCAUUGGCUGCUGCUGCUGUCACUCUCGUUGGAGGUGAUGGCGGGACCCAUUAAACCCAACCCUAAUCAGCAGGAGGUCCCUCCCCCUAAGGAGGAGAUACAAGAUGAGAACGCGGACACAGGGUUGUAUUAUGACCGGUAUCUGAGGGAGGUCAUUGAGGUGCUGGAGACAGAUCCUCACUUUAGAGAGAAGCUGCAGACAGCCAACACUGAAGACAUUAAAAGUGGACGUCUGAGUAAAGAACUGGACCUGGUUGGCCACCAUGUCAGAACAAGGCUGGAUGAACUGAAGAGACAGGAAGUGUCACGCCUAAGAAUGCUGCUUAAAGCCAAAAUGGACAGCACCAACACCCAGAGUGUGCAAAUGGAUCACGUCUCACUUCUUAAACAGUUUGAACACUUGGACCCUCACAACCAGAAUACGUUUGAGGCCAAAGACCUGGAGCUUCUCAUUGCUACGGCCACCAAAGACCUGGAGAACUAUGAUGCGGAGCGGCACGAGGAGUUCAAACGCUACGAAAUGCUGAAGGAACAUGAGAGGAGGGAGUACCUGAAGGGCCUGGACCAGGAGAAGAGGGACACGGAGGAGAAGAGGUUGGAGGAGCUGAAGGAGAAACACCGGCAGCAUCCCAAAGUGAAUGCCCCGGGCAGUGUUGCUCAGUUACGUGAGGUGUGGGAGGAAACCGACGGUUUAGAUCCACAGGAGUUUAACCCCAAAACCUUUUUCAAACUGCACGAUACCAAUGGAGAUGGCCUGUUGGACGAGCAGGAGCUUGAGGCUCUCUUCACCAAAGAGCUGGAGAAGGUGUACGACCCAAAGAAUGAAGAAGAUGACAUGAUGGAGAUGGAGGAGGAGAGGCUGAGAAUGAGGGAGCAUGUCAUGAAAAAUGUGGACCUCGAUCAUGACCGUGUUGUCAGCAUGGAUGAGUUUCUGAGGUCGACCGAGAAGAAAGAAUUUAACAACGCCAAAGAAUGGCAGACCCUGGACGACACGAGGCCUGUGUACUCAGAGGAGGAACUUCAGCGCUUUGAGGUGGAGCUCCGUGAUAAGGAAGCGGAGCUCGGCAGGAAGGCGGAGAGUCUGAGGCAGGAGCAGGAUCUAUUGCAGGAGAGGGGCAAAGCUCUGGAGGCCCAGAAGAGGGAGUACCAGCAGGCCGUUAAGGAAAUGGCACAGAGACAGAAACAGCAGCAGGAAGUGAAGGAGCAGCCUCCUCCGUCGGGUCCUAAUGGAGAGCUGCUGUUUCAGCAGGGGAUAAACCAGCUCCAGCAGGAUGAGCCAGUUGGGAAAGUCCCUGUUGAGAAUGAUGCCGAGAUCCGGAGCAGUCUCCCAGCCGAGCCACCACAGAACCUCCCGCAUCACACGUCUUAACGCCGGCCCCGUCAGAACCUGCUCCGCACUCCACAUAUCUCAACGAGAGAGCCCCCCCCCCCCCCCCCCGCACACUGUCCUAACGCCCCAUUUCUUCAGACUUCCUCUCCCCGACACUCAUCCUCAUAUUUUGGCGGCUGCUGCUUUCCUGCAGAAGUCACACAAUGUGCCAACAGGUUUCAGCUGUUCACGCUUGACGCUUCCUUAAGCACCCUAUUCAAGUGAGGUCUUACAUGCACUGGUUUUGGUAAGAUGUUCGAAUAGCCUCUCCUUCGUCAUGCCUCAACACGGUGUCUUAAGAGUUUCCACACACAC